AUGAAGGUUCAAUCAGAUACAGAGUACAGUGGGGGUCGCUUCCGGCUGGAUUCCAGCUCCCCAGGCCCCCCUCACUUGCUGUCCUUCCCUGAUGUCUGCAGCCUGGUGCAACACUACGUUGGCUCAGGCCAGACACAACAGGGCAAGAGAGUGGAGUCAGAGGGCCCUUCAAAACCUAAUGCCAAACCCAGCCCUUCGCAGCCCUCAGCGAAGGACAAUGCAGUACUGCUCAAGCUGAUGCGUCCCCUGCCACAGGCCUUCCCCUCUCUCCAGCACCUCACACACCUCACCAUCAACUGCCAAAUCGACUGCAUUGACCAGCUGCCCCUGCCACGCCCACUGGUGCACUACCUGCAGGACUACCCUUUCCAGGUAUGA